AUGACACGCCAGAGAAGAAUGGCCAAGAAAAAGGCGCCCAAGAUAGCUCCUACGGCGAUGAAAACGGUUCCUUCUGGUGCGCGAGAAUGCUGCAUGAAUGGGGCAUUCACUGUCGGAGGAACGGCUGCAGGAGCAUAUGUCGGAACACCGUACUUUCCUGUGAGCGACGCUGUGAUGCGGAUAUUGCCUUCAGAAGUCGAGGUUGAGGUUGUCUUCGAGGAAGUUGUCGAGGUCGUGGACGUCUUUGAAGAAGAACUUGAUGUCGUCGAGCUUUUCUCCUCCUCGAUUCCGACGUAG